GGCGAGCAGCUCCAUCAGCAGAGUUUUCUGUGGACCGGACCCAUCACCUGAUGUCCUUCCUCACCAUGCUUGGGCCCAGCCCAGACUGGAAUGUGGGGCUGUCAGGAGAGGACCUUUGCACCAAGGAGUGUGGCUGGGUCCAAAGGCUGGACACAGACCUCAUUCCCUGGGAUGCAGGCACUGACAGUGGUGUCACAUAUGAGUCACCCAACAAGCCUACCAUUCCUCAAGAGAAGAUCCGACCCUUGACCAGUUUGACAAACCCCAGAGCCCAUUCUAUGACCCAGAGGUGGGGCCAUUACCCCUGUAGCCAAGCUGGUGUGGAAAGCAUCGCUAGAAG